AAAUUUCGGCACUCGGUCGGCGCGGUAGCAGCAAUUUUCGCUCAAGUCGCGCGGAACGUCGCUCGUAUGCGGUGUGUGUGCGCGCGUGUUUGUGUGAGUUUGGCUUAAGAACACACUUUUCACGCGAUAAAUUAUUCGGAUCUUUUCUGCGGAAGGAAUUCGGGCAAUUUGUUCGAUAUCGUUGAUAGAAGAGUGGAAAUUCAUUCAGCGAUUUUGUAGAACACACGGAAAAAACAAACAUUGUAGUAAAGCAUAAGUCAAACAACAAUGGCGGACGGUCAGUCAUUUUAGCAACAUGGCGGCAGCGAGGAGUGCGUCGUUUUUGACAAGCUGGUAGUCGAUGAAGACACCUCCAGUAGGCGGUGGGGUACUCAAAACAAACAGUGUAGUGAUUUGUUGACGUUGCGAGGCAGGGAUGUCGCUUUUACGACGGGAUUUUAUUUGCGCUCAUCGCGAAUAAAAGUGGUGAAUAACCUAUUAAAAAAAGCGCAAAGUUGUUGACGGAUUGAUUUUCAAGCUGGCGACGGAAAUCCGUGCGUGCGUUCGCAGAAAAUCUGUUCAAGUGAAAUUCGUACAAUUCCUAGAAGCAAUCGAAUAGCGCAAAAAAAAAAGUCGGAAGGAAAUAACAGUGAAAAGCAAUUUUCCCACCGCAAGGAUAAAUCUCCCAAAAUAAAAAAAAAAGACCGCAUUGAGAAGGGAAGAGUUGUGCCAAAAAAACACGAGUUGUGCGAAAAACCAUGAAACUGUGGAAAUCGAAGAAAAGUUCCUCCGGCUCCGGCUCGGGCUCGGGCAGCAGUAGCAGCAGCAGUUGCGUUCCCAGUGCCGGCGGAAGUGGCAAGGGAGGGACAUUAUCGAAAAGCUGCAAUUUCAAUAGCCACAGCAGCAACAACAGCUUCGAGGAUAAUAGCGUCGAGACGUCGUUCAUCAACCCGACGACGGGCGGUGGUGGAGUGGCGACGGCAGCAAUAACCACCGCUGGGACGCCGUCGGCUGGUCUGAUGCAGUCGGCAUCGGUGGCAGGAACAGGAGCAGGAGCAGGCACCACCGGGAGCAUGAUGUCGGCAAUCGAUCGGGCCAUGAGUCCGGCCCAGUCCGAGGAUUCCGGCUUGGCGGCCGAUCGCGGAACAACCUACGCAACGAUUUCGAUUCCACGCGACCAGGGAGCGUCCCUCGGGAUCAUACUCACAGAGCGUUUGGACCUCUCGUAUCCACCGGUGGUGGAGUCCAUCAACGGGCCGGCGGCGGACAUUCUGGCACCGGGCGACCGCAUUCACCAGAUCGAUGGCAUUUCGACGAUUGGUCUCACCAAUCAGCAUCUGUUCAGCAUAUUGGCCCACGGCGAUGGGCCGGCCGUGAUUGAGAUCGAGUACUCGUUUCCGGAGUAUAUUUCACAGAACAGCUUAUGCGUGACCACCAAGCUGGCCCAGAUCACGGUGGAGCGUGAAAAUGGCUGCCUGGGACUGACGCUGCGCGGUGGCGGCGAAUAUCCACUGGUCGUGACGAACGUUCGGAUGCACGGUCCGGUAUUCAAAACCGGCCAGAUCAAGCCCGGUGACCGGGUGCUCCGGGUCGAUAAUACGUCCUUGGUCAACAAAACCCUGUCGGAGGCGCAGCACAUUUUGAAAAACGGUCACAUGUCCGGCUAUACAAAUCUCACGAUCGAGUACGACGUGUCGGUAAUGCAGAGCGUCGAGUUUAGCAUGGGCCCGCUGCUGUUGGAGAUUGAACGGCCGCUGAACGAAAAGCUGGGACUGAUUCUGAGCAACUACUCCAGCGCUGUCAAUCAGAGUGACAUCUAUCACAGCAAGCUGGACGAGGUUCAGCCGGCCGGGAUCUACAUUGCUAGCAUUCUGCCGGCCAGUAUUGCCGAUCGAUGUGGUGCCCUCUCGGUCGGGGAUCAGCUGCUGUCCGUGGACGAAACAAUCGUGGAAAACAGUGCCUUUUCACCGGAGGAAGUGUCCUCCCUGCUGGACGCCAACUGUACCAAAGGCUACACCCAGUUGCAGAUUUUGCCGGCUCACACUUUAGUUCGGAGAAGAGGCAUCGCCUGUUCCAGUCCAAAGUACGGCUUCAACACGGUGGACUCACGCAAGAACCUUUCCGCUGCCGCCAAAAGCCGCCGUCUGGUGCGCAAAAGUUCCCUGCCGCAGCCGGCGGAAAACGGCGGAGCCACCCUCCAUCCGAACGUGGGCCUGUGCAAGGCGGAAACGAUCCAGCUGGUACUGGACUGUUCGCAGGGAUCCGGUAUCUGUUUGGGGCCGAAAACUCCCUGCGGCCGUGGCUACAUCAUCGCCCAGAUCCUACCGGAUUCGGUGGCGGAACGGUCCGGAUGUCUGCAGAAGGGCGAUCGCAUUUUGGCCGUCAACAAGAUGUACAAUCUGGAUGCAAACACAAUCCGGCAGAUACUGGGGGAUUUCGGAUCGAAAACGGCUGCCAAUCACUACCACAACCAACCGCAGACGACGAAUUGGGUGGAGUUGGAGCUGGAGUUUGAUGUAGCGGACGCGGUGAUUCCUUCCAGUGGAGUGUUCAACAUAAAGCUGAUCCGGCAGAACAAGUGCGGUUUGGGGAUAACGGUAAAUGGGAACAGUCACGGUUCGUUCGUCAUAUCGGAAGUCAAACCGGGAAGCGCCGCCCAUCGGACGGGAUCGCUGAGGGCGGGAGAUGUUCUGCUGGCGGUGGACAAUCAUCCCGUCCAGCACUACAAUCUGGAUCUGCUGCUGAAGGAAAGCAAGAACGAGUACAUUACGCUGACGGUGAAGAGGAAUUCGCUACCGGACUUCCUGUUCGAUGCCCAGCAAAAGACGAAUCUCCUGUACGGCAGCACUGAGGACAAUGCCUAUAUUUACGGAAACAGAUACAACGAAUCGCCUUCCCUAAAAUCAAACAACAACGUGGACUACUUUCAAAUCGAAGACAACUCACCGUACCAGCAGCAGUUACGUCGACCCAUGUGGAACCGGCCUACCACGUACGACCUACUGCCGUGUUCGGGAAAUCCGAUGACUCAGAGCACCGGUACGUUGAAGGCAAUCCAUCACUCAUCACAGCAGCAGUCAUCCAGUACGGAGAACCUUCCGCAUCAGUCGAGCCAGCUUCUCACCGCCGAGGGGGAACUCUGUGAGGAUCGCUACGACGACAUCGUCCACUACAAGAUGGCAUCGAUGAACAUCAAUAGCACAAACUAUGUGUCGGCCGCAGGUGGUGGUGGUGGUGGAGCGGGAAUUGCCGGCGGAGGUGGUGGUAGUGGAGGCAGCAAUGGUUCCAGCGAUCAAAUCCACCAAAUUAUCUUCAAUGUUCGGUUGGAACCGAAUGGAGGCCCAUUGGGAAUCACCUUGGCCGGAAGCGAUGACCUACAGAAGCCUAUCAAGAUCAGUGCCCUCACGGAGGGUGGAAUCGCGUACAACACCGGUCAGUUGAAGGUCGGCGAUUGUUUGUUGGCCAUUAAUGGAGAGAGCAUUUGCGGUGUUCCGUUGACGACGGCUACGAAGUUGUUGCAUAAAUUUGAAAACGUGGUAGACUUGCAGAUUUCACGGACAGAGUGCGUUGGUGGUUCGAAAAAUCACGGACUGGGAGGAAUCGGAGGUGAACCACAACCACAGGCGGUUUAUGCAAAGGUUCAGCGUAGACCGCGGAGUCCUUCGAUAACGGAUGCCUUGUCAACGAACUCGAACUCCAGCGGGGCUGGCAACUGCCGGACGUUGCACGUGACACUGUUCAAGGAUCGAGUCUACGAUGACUAUGGGUUUUCCGUGUCGGAUGGUCUGUACGAGCGGGGGGUUUACAUCAACAGGAUUCGCAGCGGUGGACCGGCAGAUUUAGUCGGGAUGCUGAGGCCGUUCGAUAGGAUUGUUCAGGUCAACGGGACAAAAACGCAGGACUUUGACUGCUGUCUCACCGUACCUCUGAUCGCAGCCGCUGGAGACAAAAUCGACUUGGUCAUACAGCGGCCCCUGACGGUGGAAUAGCGCCGGUGGUGAAUCAACGAAUACUAAACAAGUGCCAUUUCCAAAACAAGUAACUCACAUACACAAACUGAAAGCAAAAACCAAAAACCAAAACGAAGGUGCCAAACCGAGUCCCAAAGAAUAUUUUACACGUAAGCGCAUUUGCAUCAUUCUUCCUUAAACUCGAAGUUUUUCCCUUUCCCACUCUUCACUAUUCAUCGAUGCCAUUUUAUACACCCUUCUCUGUAUCGUAUUUAUUAUCUACAUUUAAAAUUAGGACUUUCUAGAACUUAGAUAACACCAAACUUUUACAAUACUCCUAGGACAAUAAAACCAAAGUUAGUGCAAGUUUUUCUCGCAGAUUUAUCGAGUUCUCCAUCAAGAGUUUUUCAGGCAUCACGGUCUAUUAUAGUAGUUA